AUUUACGGCGUAUUUCGGCUUGGACUAGGAAGCAGUAUGCAUCAGCAUCUGUCCGAGUUUGACGUCGUUAUGGAGCAGAUUGGCUUCGGCAAAGUUCAUCUGUUUGCCACUGUGACUCUGGGACUGCUCCAGAUGAUGGCCAUUCUGGAGACAAUGGGCAUGGGAAUUAUUGGACCGGCGGCGGUCUGCGAUCUGCGGAUGAGUCUCAUGCAACUUACUUCGAUUUUGGCGGCCGGUUUUAUGGGUAUAAUUUGCUCCUCGUACUUCUGGGGCUACAUUACCGAUAAAAUGGGUCGCCGUUGGAUCCUCUUGCGCACCAUUUCGGUGAGCAAUAUUUGUUCGGUCAUUUCCAUGUUCAUGGUUAGCUUCUCUGGCUUCUAUGUAAUGCGCUUCAUGACGGGAAUAUUCGUGGCCGGGCCUAGCUUUGUGGCAGUCACCUAUCUUAGCGAGUUCUGCAACAAGCAGAUCAUGUCGCGCGCCGUAACCCACUUGUACAUGUUCACGGGUUUCGCCAUGUUGUACAGCCCUGCGUGGGGGACAUUAUUUCAGGCACAGACCUAUAUGGACUUCGAGUUGGUGAUAUCGGGGAGGCUAACUGUUCGGCCCUGGCGUAUACUUGGCUGCAUGUUCACAUUGCCCGGAUUGAUUGCGUUCUUCCUGUUGCUUCGCAUGCCAGAGAGUCCCAAGUUUCUGUUCAUGAUUGGUGAGACCCAGAAGGGCAUGGAUGUGAUGGACUGGGUGUGCAGAAAGAACACCGGCCGGUCCCUCAACCCCGAACAAGUCGCGAAUAUGCUCAAGUUUCAGAAAAAAGUGGAGGUAAAGCGCCAGCAGAAUGCCAACAAUAUCCUAUUAACGAUGCUCAAUGAUGCCAUGCCACUGUUCCGGAAGCCCUACGUCUGGUAUUUCGUGAGCGGCUGUGCGGUUAUGUUUGUGAUGGGCUUGCUGGCCAACGGAUUGGGGAUCUGGUAUACUUCAAUGCGGAAUCGAGCAAAUAUGCGCAUAGGACCCAAGGAACAUAUGACACUUUGUAGCCUUCUAUUCGACAAUAUCCCUAGCCUAAUGAAGGAAUCCGAAGAGGACUUAAAUAUCGUCUGCAACGAUGACCUGCAUAGCUUCAACGAUUCUCUCAUUCUGGGUGCUACCUACAUUAUUCUAUACAACGUAUGCUGGCUGUUGCUCUUCUAUGUGCCCCGAAAGGCCCUGUUGGUCACCUCUCUCGUCAUUGCCUCCACCUGCGGAUUUGCCAUAAUAUUCGUAUCCAACCAUUUCAUUCAGCUCUUUUCCUUGAUAUUCCUAGUUUCAUUCCCGGGCUUGAUAAUUUCACUGAUGGGCGGUGCCCUACUGGAGUUUGUGCCCACCUACAUACGCGCCAAGGCUCUGUGCAUCAGUCUUAUGUGGUGCCGUUGGGGCGCUGCCGUGGGAGCGACCAUUGUCGGAUCGUCUAUUGAGAAGCACUGCGAGAUAACUCUAUUGGCAAUGGCAAUUCUGCCUCUGUUUGCCGCAAGCCUUGAAUCAUUUUUACCAUUGUAAGCGAUGUGCAACAUCAUACGACAAGAUGUAUCAAAAUAGAAAAUAGAUUAUACACUUAUGAAAGGCCCGAAAAGUAGGCAACGGAAUGUGAACGGCUUUAUUCCGAUAAAUUCGAGAACAAUUGUUUCCCCUUCCUUCUUGAUUGUUGGGCCUUGACCAUUUCUUCAUGGUGUUAAUACUUGAAUUUAUUGAAAAACUUUGUAGAUCCAUAGAGAUUACAGAUUGU